AUGUCACAACAUCAAGAUACAUCCGCUUCUAAAAAUACUAAGUCUACUCCAAAGGUUAGUGCUCCUCCCAUGGGCAUCCCUGAUGAUGAGAUUCUGGAUGUUACUCCUCUCUCUAUUAUUACCGGCACGAACAUUGAUUUGAACCAACCCAUCUCCAUUGAUGCCUCAGCUUCUGCAUGUUCCAAUCAAGGUAACCCCUCUUGUAUUCCUUCUGGUUCAACUCUUGUCACUAACUCUAAGGAAGAUACACACUACACUGAUCGUGUUAUAAGAGACCUAGUCACCAGAAUUCUUAAUGAAGGCCACUCUGUGAAGGGAGUUUCCACUCCCCUUUCUCAAAUGUACCCCUCUCUUGAGGUUGAACAACAUAGUGAUAAGGAUGACGAUUCCUCCAGUUCUAACAAGGACUUGGCUGCUGAAGGGUUAUGCUCUUUAGGGCAGACCAUGUUUGAAAAAGGGAAAUAUGUGGCUUCUCACACUGCUAAUGCUUCCCACCCUGUGAAGCAUGAUGAUGUAAAUGUUGUGAUUGAUCUAGAUGAUGGUAGCUCUAAUGAUCAAGAGGAAAUCAUGAUUCAUCACAUGAAGCCAAGUGCGGCUAAACGCAUGAAGACUGGCAAAGGAAAAUAUGUGGCUGAACUUAUGUCAACUAGAAAAGCCAAGAAGACUGCUGGUAUUGUUCCGUCCAAACCAUGGAGCAAGGUUGAAGUAAAGAAGAGGAAGGUCAAAGAUGAUUUUGAGCCUGAAGAGGAUGUUGAGGAAGAUGUCCCUGACAUCUCCCCUGUGAAGAAAACCACUGUUAGCAAGUCUCCUGGUAAAGUCCCUGUUGUUCAUUUGCAUAACAUCUCCUUCCAUCUUGAGGAUGAAACUGCUAAGUGGAAAUUUGUGAUUCAGAGAAGGGCAGCUGUGGAAAGGGAGUUGCGAAAAGAUGUUGUUGAUGUCAAGGAGGUCAUGGACCUGAUAAAAGUUGUUGGGCUGUUGAAAACUAUUGUUGGGUUCUCUCCAUGCUAUGAAGGUUUAGUUAAGGAAUUUAUUGUUAACAUUCCUGAGGAUAUUGCUAAUAAGAACAACAAGGAGUUCUGCAAGGUGUAUGUGAGUGGGAGAAAAGUUGAGGGUGCAGGAGAAUUAGAAGUUACAGACAAUCAAGUCUGUAGGGAGAUUACAGCUAGGCAGGUGAAAGUUUGGCCUGUUAAAAAGCAUCUUCCUGCUGGGAAGUUGACUAUCAAAUUUAUGUUUGAACAAAUCAUCAAGCAUGCAACUACUAAUGCAGUUAAGCUGCCAAUUUCCUUUCCCUCUAUGAUCUGUGGUAUUAUCUUGAAUCAAUAUCCUGGUAUUCUGUGCUCAAAUGACUUACCUAGUAGAAGAAAACCUGCUCUGUCUGUGCACUACAAACUGUUUGAAGGAAGUCAUGUCGAGGAUAUUAUCCUGACAUCUGCCAUGAAGAGGCCAGCCUCAAAAGUUGGAGCUAUUGUUGAGCUUAAGAAGACAUACAAAGAGCUAGGUGAAGGGAUAAGGAUAACCACAACUAGAAAACAAUCGUUGGAAGCCUUGAUUGCAAGCUUGAAGCAGGCUAAGGGUGAAAAUAUUGAUCAUGCUAAUGUCAGCCAUGAAGAAGAAGCUGAAGCCCACACCUCUUGUGAGAGGUCUGCUAACCAUGAUAAUACAAGUGGCAAUUCCGUUUCUGGUGCUGAUGAAGCUGCAAGCUCAAGCUCUACUGAGUAG